CGCACCGUGGGCUCGCGCCCCGCCUUUGUCUCCCGCGCCCGCCGCCGCCGCCGCCGCCGCCGCCGCCGGCUGCCCGAGCCGCUUUGUGCGGCGCGGCCGCGGCUCAGCAUGGACGUGACGGUGUCGCAGCUCGUCGAGCUGUUUCUGCAGAGCCCGCUGGUGACCUGGGUGAAAACUUUUGGCCCGUUUGGAAGCGGCCACCAAGACAACUUGACUCUGUACAUGGAUUUAGUGGACGGCAUCUUUUUGAACCAAAUCAUGUUGCAAAUAGACCCCAGGCCCAGCAAUCAGCGUAUCAACAAGCAUGUCAACAAUGACGUCAACCUGCGCAUCCAAAAUCUGAGUAUCCUGGUGAGAAACAUCAAGACCUACUACCAGGAAGUUCUCCAGCAGCUGAUCGUAAUGAAUUUGCCCAAUGUUUUGAUGAUUGGCAAAGAUCCGCUGUCUGGGAAGAGCAUGGAGGAGAUUAAGAAGGUGCUGCUGCUGGUGCUGGGCUGUGCUGUUCAGUGUGAGAGAAAGGAGGAAUUCAUUGAGAGAAUCAAACAGCUGGACAUCGAGACCCAGGCUGGCAUUGUGGCUCAUAUCCAGGAGGUGACCCACAACCAGGAGAAUGUGUUUGACCUGCAGUGGCUGGACUUGCCAGAUGUAGCCCCAGAGGAGCUGGAGGCCCUCUCCAGAAACAUGGUGUUCCAUCUCCGCAGACUCAUCGACGAGCGCGACGAGUGUACCGAGCUAAUCGUGGACCUGACACAAGAGAGGGACUACCUCCAGGCACAGCACCCUCCCAGCCCUGGCAAGUUCUCUAGUCCAGACUCCACACCAAGCCCCACCAGCAGCCUGUCCAGUGAAGAUAAGCAGCACCUGGCCGUGGAGCUGGCUGACACCAAGGCCAGGCUGCGGCGCGUCAGGCAGGAGCUGGAGGAGAAGACGGAGCAGCUUGCAGACACCAGGCACGAGGUGGAUCAGCUGGUCCUGGAGCUUCAGAAGGCCAAGCAAGAUAAUAUUCAGCUUGCGGCUGAUGCCCGGUCAGCCCGGGCCUAUCGGGAUGAGCUGGACUCGCUAAGGGAAAAGGCGAACCGUGUGGAGAGGCUGGAGAUGGAGCUGGUACGCUGCAAGGAGAAGCUACACGACGUGGACUUCUACAAGGCUCGCAUGGAGGAGCUGAGAGAAGACAACAUCAUCUUAAUCGAGACCAAGGCCAUGUUGGAGGAACAACUGACGGCCUCCCGGGCUCGCAGUGAUAAAGUCCACGAGCUAGAGAAAGAGAACCUACAGCUAAAGUCUAAACUCCAUGACUUGGAACUGGAUCGGGACACUGACAAGAAACGAAUUGAGGAGCUGCUGGAAGAAAACAUGGUUCUGGAGAUCGCACAGAAGCAGAGCAUGAACGAGUCGGCCCACCUGGGCUGGGAGCUGGAACAGCUGUCCAAGAAUGCGGACUUGUCGGAUGCCUCCAGGAAAUCCUUCGUGUUUGAGCUGAACGAGUGCGCCUCCAGCCGCAUCCUGAAGCUGGAGAAGGAGAACCAGAGCCUCCAGAGCACCAUCCAGGGUCUGCGGGACACGUCGCUGGCGCUCGAGGAGAGCAGCCUCAAAUGUGGCGAGCUGGAGAAGGAGAACCAGCAGCUUAGCAAGAAGAUUGAAAAGUUACAAACACAGCUGGAGAGAGAAAAGCAGAGUAACCAAGACCUGGAGACGCUGAGUGAAGAGCUGAUCCGAGAGAAGGAACAGCUGCAGAGCGGUAUGGAGGCCCUGAAAGCCGACAGGGCCAGGCAGAUAAAGGACCUGGAGCAGGAGAAGGGCCACCUCCACCAGGCUGUGUGGUCCCUGCGGGAAAGGCCGCCAGUCAACAGCACGAAGGACGUGGAGAAGGAGAACAGAGCCCUCCACCAGGCUGUGACUGAGGCGGACAGCAAACUGAGCCAGCUGGAGUUGGAGAAGAAGCAGCUGCACAGAGACUUAGAGGAGGCCAAGGAGAAGGGAGAGCGGGCAGAGGUGCUGGAGAAGGAACUGCACCGGCUGGAGAAGGAGAACGAGCAGCUGACCAAGAAGGUGACCUCUCUGAAGACGGUCACCGAGAAGGUCGAGGCCCUGGAGCAUGAGAGCCAGGGUCUGGAACUGGAGAACCAGACGCUGAGAAAGUCCUUAGACACCCUGCAGAACGUGUCUGUGCAGCUCGAGGGCCUAGAGAGGGACAACAAGCAGCUGGAUCAGGAGAACCUGGAGCUGCGCAAGAUGGUGGAGGCCAUGCGCUUCACCAGCGCCAAGAUGGCGCAGAUUGAGACGGAGAACCAGCAGCUGGAGAGGGAGAAGGAGGAGCUGCGCAGGAAUGUGGAGCUGCUGAAGACCUUAAGCAAGAAGUCGGAGAGGCUGGAGCUCAGCUACCAGAGCGUGAGCGCCGAGAACCUGCAGCUGCAGCACAGCCUGGAGAGCAGCAGCCACAAGUCUCAGGCCCUGGAGAGGGAGCUGAGCGAGCUGGAGGCUGAGCGCCAGGCCCUGAAGCGAGACCUAGAGACUCUACAGCUCACCAACAAGCAGCUGGAGGGGGCUGAGAAAGACAGGAAGGCCCUGGAGCAGGAGGUGGCCCAGCUGGAGAAGGACAAGAAACUGCUGGAGAAGGAGGCCAGACGCCUAUGGCAGCAGGUGGAGCUCAAGGACGCCAUCCUGGAUGACAGUGCUGCCAAGCUAUCUGCCGCUGAGAAGGAGAGCCGUGCGCUGGACAAAGAGCUGGCCCGCUGCCGGGAUGCGGCCAGCAAGCUGAAGGAGCUGGAAAAGGACAACAGGGACCUCACAAAGCAGGUCACCGUGCACACGAGGACGCUGACCACCCUGAGAGAGGACCUGGUGCUGGAGAAGUUGAAGAGCCAGCAGCUGACCAGUGAGCUGGACAAACUAAGCCAGGAGCUGGAGAAGGUCGGCCUCAGCAAGGAGCUGCUGCUGCAGGAGGAUAACUGUCAUGGUGACACAAAAGGCAAGAUUUUGGAAGGCAAAAAUGAAUCAGCAUUGAGAACAACACUAACUAUGAAAGAAGAGAAGAUUGUGUUUUUGGAGGCCCAGGUGGAAGAGAAAGAGAGCUUGAACCGCCAACUCCAGAUUGAGCUGCAGAUGGUAAAGAAAGAGUUUGAGCAGCUCAGGCAGACCCAGGAGGAUGGAACCCAGGCACAGAACGUACUGAAGCACCCUCCGGGCAAGGUCACCAGUUACCAAGAGAAGGAGGCCUGGGGGCCCAGCCACAAAGAGGCUACCAUGGAGCUACUCCGCGUGAAGGACCGGGCCAUCGAGCUGGAGCGCAGCAAUGCAGCUCUUCAGGCCGAGAGACAGCUGCUGAAGGAGCAGCUGCAGCACUUGGAGACUCAGAAUGUGUCCUUCAGCAGCCAGAUCCUGACCCUGCAGAAGCAGAGCGCCUUCCUGCAAGAGCACACCACCACCCUGCAGACCCAGACUGCGAAGCUGCAGGUGGAGAAUUCCACACUGAGCUCCCAGAAUGCAGCACUCAGUGCACAGUACACAAUGCUACAGAGCCAGCAGGCUGCCAAGGAGGUGGAACAUGAGGGUCUGCAGCAGCAGCGGGAGCAGCUGUCAGCUGUCUAUGAAGCCUUGCUUCAGGACCACGAGCACCUGGGUGCCCUGUACGAGCGCCAGUCCUCGGAGUAUGAGGCCCUCAUCCGCCAGCACAGCUGCCUGAAGACGCUGCACAGGAACCUGGAGCUAGAGCACAAGGAGCUAGGAGAGAGGCACGGAGACUUACAGAAGCGUAAGGCAGAGCUGGAGGAGCUGGAGCAAGUACUGAGCACCGAGAGGGAGGCACUUCAGCGGGAGCAGAGGACCAGCGCCAUCGCCACGAGUGAGAACCAGAGGCUUCGAGGAGAGCUGGACAGGAUCAGUUUCCUGCACCACCAGCUGAAAGGGGAGUAUGAAGAACUGCAUGCCCACACCAAGGAGUUGAAAACCUCGCUCAACAACUCUCAGCUGGAGCUGAACCGCUGGCAGGUGCGCUUCGACGAGCUUAAGGAGCAGCACCAGAGCAUGGACAUCUCUCUGACCAAGCUGGAUAACCACUGUGAGCUGCUCUCCCGUCUCAAGGGGAACUUAGAGGAGGAGAAUCAUCACCUGCUGAGCCAGAUCCAGCUGCUGAGCCAACAGAACCAGAUGCUUCUAGAACAGAACAUGGAGAGCAAGGAGCAGUACCAUGAGGAACAGAAGCAGUACAUAGACAAAUUAAAUGCUUUACGGAGACACAAGGAAAAACUGGAAGAAAAAAUCAUGGAUCAGUACAAGUUCUAUGACCCUGCUCCAAAGAAGAAGAACCACUGGAUUGGAGCCAAAGCCCUAGUCAAACUAAUCAAGCCAAAGAAAGAAGGUUCCAGAGAACGAGUAAAAUCCACCACAGAUAGCCCCCCCUGGCAGCUGGAACCCUCAGAUCCUGCCUCGCCAACUGCCUCUCAGGCUUUCAGAUCACAGAUGGAGAACUCUGACAACCCCUCUUCCAGCCCAAACUGUGCAGAAGAACGAGACACCCACAACGGACCUGUAGAGAAAGGCCCCGGGGACCUAAAACCAAAACGAGGGUCCCCACGUGGAGGCAGUGUUGACCACGCAGACACCUCCACUGACCCAGCUGCGAAGUCCUGGCCCUCGGAGCCUGGCUCCCGGACCUUUUCAACCUCCGCCACCACGGCAGCCCUUCCCAGCUCCACUCCUAUUCCCAAGCACCUAGGCUGCACCAAAGGUUGUAAUUCAGAUGACAACCUCUGUGAGCCACCCUCGGAGCCCGAGGGCCCCUACCACAGGCAGCAGGCAUCGCGGCCGAGCAGCUUGGAGAGCAGCAGGAACACAUCCAGCAACAGCUCACCUUUGAGCCUCAAGGGCUCCUCUGACCAUCUGCACAGCCGGUGUGACAGCUUCAGCAGCGCAGACCUGGUCCCCAGCAGGGGCCCUACCACACUGCCUCGGGAUGGCAACACCCCAGGACGGGGUGUUCUUGGCCGCCAUGAGUACCCGCCACCCCGGAAUGGCCCUGUCCCCCAGGAGAGUAUCCAGAAGAAGAGUGUGGCUUCAGCCCACACGGGGGUGCGACCCCACUCAGCCUCUCCCAGCAGUGAGAUGGUCACCUUGGAGGAAUUCUUAGAGGAGAGUAACCGUGGCUCUCCUACCCAUGACACUCCCAGCUGCCGGGAUGACCUGCUUAGUGACUACUUCCGGAAGGCCCAUGAUCCCCCAGCCUCUGGAGGCCAGCCAGGGCCACCAGCUAGGAAAGAUGGAGCCAAGAUGCCCACCAGCUUCGUGGCUCCCACCAUCAAGACGUCAGUCAACACCUCUGAGGGGCAGCAGCUGAAGCCGGGGCAUUAUGUAAAGCCCAGCCUGAGAUCAUCUGAGGCCGAGGCCCUAGCUGGGAUGCCUCCAAGACAGGUCCAGCCUCCCCAGAGCCUGUCUCUGGGUAGACCCCGGCAAGCUACAAUGCCCCAGACUUGUCACAUGCCUGUCAGCCGAAGUGCGUCUCUGAGCAGAGCCUUCAGCUUGGCUUCAGCUGACCUCCUCCGAGCCAGUGGGCCAGAAGCCUGCAGGCCAGAAUCUCCUCAGAAGCCAGGGUGUCAUGAGGCUGCAGGAGCCAGAGAGACAAGCAGCCACAGCCUACAAGGCCCCCACAUCCUAGCCCGGGAGAGGGCUCCAAUUGUAGGAAAAGCUGACAGUUCCUCCCCGGGCCAGGGUACCCGAGGCCGGCCACUGGACACAAGGCGCUUCUCUCUGGCCCCCCCAAAGGAAGAGAGGCUGGCCCCCCUACAGCAGUCUGCCACAGCCCCAGCCCUUGCUACUGGAUGUAGCAGUGGUAGCAACCCCCAGAUCCAGCACUUUUCUCCCACUGUGGCUUCUGCGGUCAGGACAAAACCCAAAGUGUCACAACACUCAGGGGAGGUAGCCACCGUAGCUCCUGUGCGUCCAGGGCUCGGCACCUCAGAGGGAGAUGGGGGCCCAGGGCGUGGUUACAGUGAGGGGCUUCUGACCAAAAGCCCUCCUGGUAGAUCUUCUGACUUGGUUCCCCAUGUCAAAAGGGGCCCUGAUGACUUCUGUCAAGGGAGCAGCUCAAAGAGCACACCAGCAUCCCCAGAGCCAGGUGGGGACCCGCAGACGGUGUGGUAUGAGUACGGGUGUGUGUGAUUCAUGUCGUGCAUCUGCAGCUUGCAAAUGCUAAACUACUGGUGCACCUUCUGAUUACAGUGGCCUUUCCCCCUGUUUGCCUGUGGUGAGGGGAAAGGGUGUAGAAUGAGGAGUGGGGCUCAUCACAGUCAUCCUGUUGGCUGAUGGAAACACUGUGCCAAGCCCUAAGAGGAGGAUUACCCUCCAGGGUCUCUAACUCACCUUCCAUAGCUGCAGCUUCCAGCAGCUGGCAUCUCAUGGACAAAUCUGUUUAGCAUGGGAGCCGCUUAGGAGUCAGUGGCAAAACGAAUUUACCCAGAAACAGACACUACUUGAGUAGGAAUACUCGUCUGCAACCUGUCGACCUCCACAAGAGCGUGUGCACAUGUGAAUACAUGCACAUGUACUAGGCUCAGAAAGCCAAGUCCUGAUGGGUCUGGAAACUCCACUCCCGUCCAAAAACCAUUGGUCCUAGGAAAAGCUUAGACUGGGCUAACUGCAAAGAUUUCAGGGGAUAUUUUUGGGAAAAGCCUGGAGCAGGGCUAGCUGCUAAACCCAGGACCAUUGCCGUCCUGUUUCUGAGGUCCAAGCACUUCCCUUUACAACAGGACCAAGCUUCAGGAUCAGCCGCAGGUCUUGGCUCUUUGUAGCUGGCUCUUGGGGCCUGCCUAGUGGACUUUAAGGGUGCCUAGGAACCAGCCUUUUGGGACUUCCUGGGGCACUCACUUUACUACAAACACUGGAUCUGCCAGGCCUAGGGUGUGAGGCAAAGAGAUGCCCUACAAGUGUCCCAGUCUGGCAGACAUAGUUACUACACAGAAGGAAGGCCAAGGCCACACUUGCUCUGUAAUGUGGCUAUUGCACCUAGCCCUCCUUGGCUCAGAUGGAAGUUUUUUAUUUCUGAAUAACUUUUUGGGGGUAGACACCAAAUUUCUUUAAUAUAUAUAUAUAUACACAUGAAUAUAUAUAUACACCUCUGGGGGCCUAUUUAUGUUCCGUUGGAAGUCCUUCUUUCAGGAGUCUGACCUGCUGUUUGUCUGGUCUACUUCCUGACAUGUUUUGUUUCUUAUUUUAAUGGUGCUUUUCCUGGGAUGGACUAAACGAUUUAUUUUUCUGUUUUGUUGUAAUGUGCUGAAAAAGAAACAGGGGAGACCUUGAAUGUUAGCAGGAUCCAUGGUGAGGGUGUUUGGGUUGUUUGUUAAAUAGCCAUUUGUUCUGGAAGACCAGGACAGGGCCGUAAUAAAGUGGAAAGGAAUGUGACUGAACCCUAGUUUUCUUCAGUGGCUGCAUGCAGAGGGCCCCUCCAGCGGUGGAGGUCCAUAGUUGUCUAAGUCAUCAGGUGUAUGAAGCUGCAGAGCCAACAAGACACUGCAAAGAACAGAGCUGUCCUUGGAAGUAACCUAGGAAGGCUGCCUAAGACCCAGCCUUUGGGAGUUCCUGGUCUCACUUUACUACAAACCCUGGAUCUGCCAGGCCUAGGAUGUGAGGCACAGAGAUGACCUACGAGUGCCCCAGUCUGGUAGGCAUAGUUACUACCCAGAAGGGAGGCCAAAACCUUCCUUGCUCCGUAAUGUGGUCCACAUCACUUUAAGUGAGCAUCAGGUGAGUCCCAGUUGGACAGGGGCCUGCUCCUGUCAGGAUAGGAUCCCAAAGCUACAAUACUUGGAAACACUAGAUCUUGGAGUUGGACCUAAGGACACUGUUUAAAUCAGUGAAGUAGAUGAAAUGGGGAAAGGCAUAUAAAUCUCCCCCAGUGACCUUGUCCUGUUUUUUGCUCUGUCUGAUAGCUCAGUUCUUCACUCACCAGACUUCCUGUGUACUCCACUCUUGCCUCCUGGCCCUGCCCUUCCUUCCUGAGUCUCUGCCAUCUGUUGGAUCUGGCUGCUAUCAGUGGAGUAGUCACUUGGCAGGCUUCAGUCUGUGUGGCCUUUGUAGGAUUUAACACCUGGCCAGUCAUGCCUCUUUGUUGGCAGCCUCUGUCUCACGACUCUGCCCCUUCUGGGACAACUCUCCCACACUCAUGCUUGCAGGCUCAACCAUCCCCAGAGAGCCUGUGGGCCGCCCCAAGCUCCUUCAACCACUUCUCUUCCCUUCACACACCUCCCUGUACUCACAAUAGACUUAGAAGUUUCAGGCAUGAAGCCUGCCCUCCUGCACCCCAGAUCCUCGGCUCAAAGAGAAGUUUCCUUUCCCUGAGCUCUUCGUCCAUCUCACACCAUGUGUUUUACUGUUACAGAAGUCUGAAUUUGGUCUUGACCCUCCUCAACUGUGUGUAAAGAUCAUACCAAAUUCUUGCCCUCUUUCACCCCACGCCUCAUCCUCCAGCCCUGGGACCCUAGUUCUGAUCUGUCUACCUCACUGUUUCUUCAACCCACUCUAGCUCUGUCUAAUGUAAAGGCUGCUGCUACGUUACCAGUGGCACUAAAUCCAAAGGGAGCCUGGUCACUCUAGUACGUUCUCCCCGGAUGACCUUUGCUUGGAAGCUCUCCGCUCUCUGCGUCUCGGCAGUAGCCACACCUGUGCUCUGCAGUCCUGUACACCUGAGGCACACCUAGCUUUCUCAUCACCCCUCACGCCCUAACAAGCUCCUACACAUCCACAAUUUUAAUUACAGGCCAUUCCUAGGAGGCAAGGAGCCUGCAUCCUCAGCCCCCACCUCCUUUGGAAUUCUAGAUGUACAUCUGAGAUGUCCCUAAGGUGUCUAGAACCUAACAUCUGCCCCAAAGCUGGGCUUCUGUCUCCCUUUUCACUAAACCCAGGUGUUUGACGUCCCCUUGCCCUCCCCUAUGUUCCUUCCCUCAGAUGGUUUCAACUCUGAGACUUCACGUAUCCAAAUCCAGUCUCAAGUGAUGAGCCCAUAGCAACAUCAUGGAUUCAGUGUGUAAGGAGUAUGUCCCCCUGGGUCCCAUGCCCCACCCUCUAUUCUAGUGUAGUCCUUGGGUAUUUGGAAGGUACCCAAGUGACAGGUGGUUCUUCAUGUUCAGAGAGGGGGUGAAAUCUACAGAGAGAUUUGGGACAAGAGGUUCUAGAGAAAACAACAGAACAAACACUGGACCAUCCUGUUAAAACCCGGGUCUGGGAGGGAUGAACACAUAAGUCUAGCUCUUACUGAGGCAAAGGAUGUGUGAUGUUUACAACUAAUAAAACUUUAUUGAAGUCC